AGGAGCAGCGGGCACCUGCUUGGAGGAAAUCCUGAAGAUGGCCAAAGACGAUUCCACUGUUCGUUGCUUCCAGGGCUUGCUGAUUUUUGGAAAUGUGAUUGUUGGUAUGUGCGGCAUCGCCCUGACUGCAGAGUGCAUUUUCUUUGUGUCGGACCAACACAGCCUCUACCCGCUGCUUGAAGCCACCGACAACGAUGACAUCUACGGGGCAGCCUGGAUUGGCAUGUUUGUCGGCAUCUGCCUCUUCUGCCUGUCUGUUCUAGGCAUUGUAGGCAUCAUGAAGUCCAACAGGAAAAUUCUUCUGGCGUAUUUCAUUCUGAUGUUUAUAGUAUAUGGCUUUGAAGUGGCAUCUUGUAUCACAGCAGCAACACAGCGAGACUUUUUCACGCCCAACCUCUUCCUGAAGCAGAUGCUGGAGAGGUACCAAAACAAUAGCCCUCCGAACAAUGAUGACCGAUGGAAAAACAAUGGAGUGACCAAGACCUGGGACAGACUCAUGCUCCAGGACAAUUGCUGUGGUGUAAAUGGUCCAUCAGACUGGCAGAAAUAUACGUCUGCCUUCCGGACAAAGAAUAAUGAUGCCGACUAUCCCUGGCCUCGUCAGUGCUGUGUGAUGGACAAUCUUAAAGAACCUCUCAACCUGGAGGCCUGCAAGCUAGGGGUGCCUGGCUACUACCACAGGCAGGGCUGCUAUGAACUCAUCUCUGGACCCAUGAACCGACAUGCUUGGGGGGUUGCCUGGUUUGGAUUUGCCAUUCUCUGCUGGACUUUUUGGGUUCUCCUGGGUACCAUGUUCUACUGGAGCAGAAUCGAGUAUUAAGAACGAAGGAUCACCACUAUACCAACCUUCCUCCAGCGACUCUGGACCUCGUGCUGCAAGCUCACUCUCCUAGUAUAUAUCCACAGCUGAGCCUCAAGGGGCUGUGUGCAUUCUUAAUUCAAAUUACCAAAUCAGUUGGUGUGGUGUUCCUCUGGGCUCUCAGCCUCUCAAAAUUCUCACUAGUAUUUUCUUUGUCUAGGGUUCUGUGACAUUUUUAUAGAUGAUAGGAAAAGGGGACUUUAGAAAGUUGGUAACUACUUUCACCCCUGUUUAUUUUCAGUUCAGGGGCAUAAAGACAUCUAUGGGAACCUGUGUGAUCACAGCAAGCCCAAGUCUGUAUUUGGACAGCAAAUUUGCAUGUAUUUCUCACAGCUUUCUAAAAGAGACUUCCAAAGGCUUUCAUUCAUCUCAGUUUUGCCCAGGUGGGAAAACUAAGGAAAAGUUGCUGAGAGAUCCUUGGCUCUUAUCUACACAGACGCGUGGGAUUCCCGUAAUGCCAACGUGUGAUGCUUUUGUUCUCUGGGACAAUGUCCAACCUUGAGUUAAUAGUGGUUAAAACUUCCUCUCAGACACGGGAGAGUGAUAUGCUGUGUAUCAAGCUCAGUUCUCCCAUGAAAAGAAUGUGGACUUUUGGGGACAAAGAAGGGGCUUGUCACAUACUUACCAAUCUCAACUUUUGAAACACCUUUCAAACAAAAGAGAAGCAAGAUGCCUAUUAGAUACAUGAUUUAUGGCGAUUUUUGUUACUGUCGGAAUAUUUGUCUUCUGAACUGUUUCUAUUUAUGAUCCUGAAGGAAAUUCUUAUAAUUCAAUAUUUGUUGGUCUAAUCCUAUAAAUAAAGAGGGCUUUUAAAUAUG